AUGGCGUUGACUCAGAGGGCGUUAACCACUUGGGCUUCCAUGGUGAUUUUUCUGGUGCUGCUAACCAUUCAGCUCCAGACCAGAACCAAACAGAACUGGUAUCUGAUAUUCAUGCCCAUCUGGCUGGAUGACCUGCUCACCGCCCUGUUCAUAAUGUGCUCGUGCGUGAGCAGCAAAUCCUGUCAGUCCAUGACGGAAAUGCCUGUGUUCUGCGGCAGCAGGAGAUGCAUAAUAUUCGUCAUUUGCCUGAUGAAAAUCAUCGCCAUUAAAACGUUAUGCUACAAACUAGAAAACCCGCAUCUCAAUUUGCCCAUGCACUACGUGUUCGUGCCCAUAUGGGCGUUAAUCAGUUAUCUCAUCGCCAUUGUCGUACCACCCCUGGUCAGGCAAUACAAAGACUAA